GAAAAUUAUUAUACCGUUGAUAAAUGCUUUGGUAAAAGUCUUACACGUAAUGGCACUGAUGGAUUGCUCAGGUCCGUGGAAUUUAGUGUGAUCCAUCCAGAAAGACACAUUUUAGUUAUAUUGUCAUAGAACCAAGUUUACCUAAUCUUUUCAAAAUUGGCUUUGGCAUCGUGUAUAGAAAGAGUUCGUUUUAUAUCCCUUUUCCCCUUCAAUCUAGGGUUUUGCUUGAUUGGCUGACUGGUGUGCACAGCCUGGCACUUGGCUCAGAUUGGUGCAGGAGAGACCUGUCACCUUCAUUAAGGAGAGCCUGAGUGCCAGAGAUGCUUAUUUGAAAAUGCAGAACUCGGGGAGUAAAGAUGAACAGAUCCGCUAAUAAGAUUUAAAAGUUUUUAUUUCUAUUUGUAUUUCUGGUAACGGAUCCUUAUAAUACUGACAGCAUAGUAAAAUGAUAACCUUCAGCAUUGAUGAAUAUGAUAAUGGGCAUUGUGAUCAGUGUCAAUUUGCUCAUAGAAAUGAUUUUACUAAGAUUUUCUUUCUUGAUUAUUUUUGAUUGCAUAAAAGCUAAAAUGAUUAUGAUAGUAGUAGUGAAUAUGACUAUCACGAUUAAUAGUAGUGUUGGUAUAACAUCAAUGUGAAUUACACUCGAGGCCUUUGUAGUUUGCACCUACUUUUUCAUAUGUCCCCUCUGAAAAGGUAGUGGUGUCACCCCACUUAAUUCAAGGCCUUUUCUUGACUACUGAAGAAACUACUCCUUUAAUGUUUAAAUAUUUCAAUUUAAUGCAGCGUCGACGACCUUUCCCGGAAGGUCUACUGAUUCAGAGGACAAAGAUAGGAAAUUUGAAGAUAAAGAAGAGUGGCAAAGAUGGCAUCAGAAAAGAGCGCGAUACAUUUGGGGAGCUGGACGUGCCCAACAGCAAAUACUAUGGGGCUCAGACUGUACGAUCCGUCAUGAACUUCCCCAUUGGUGGAGAAACGGAGCGAAUGCCGUUGCCAGUGAUUAAGGCCUUUGGGGUACUGAAGAAGGCUGCAGCAGAGGUCAACCAGGAGUUUGGUCUUGAUCCCAAGAUAGCUGAUGCCAUUUCCAAAGCAGCUGAUGAAGUGAUCAGCGGAGAACUCUAUGGGGAACAUUUCCCUCUUGUCAUCUGGCAGACUGGAUCUGGAACGCAGUCCAACAUGAACACCAAUGAAGUAAUUGCCAACCGUGCAAUUGAAAUGUUGGGAGGAGAACUUGGGUCAAAAUCACCUGUUCACCCCAAUGACCAUGUGAAUAAGAGUCAGAGUUCAAAUGAUACAUACCCAACUGCCAUGCACAUUGCCACUGCAGUCGAGAUUCACAACACACUGUUGCCAGGCCUUGAAGCCUUGCAUAAGGCCUUGGAUGCAAAAGCCAAGGAGUAUGCAGACAUUGUAAAGAUUGGCCGCACUCACACGCAGGAUGCUACACCCCUAACUCUUGGCCAAGAGUUCAGUGGCUAUGCACAGCAGAUUGAGUUUGGCAUUCAGCGUGUGAAGGCCUGUCUCCCACGCGUCUACAUGCUGGCUGCUGGAGGAACCGCUGUGGGCACAGGUCUCAACACCAGGGUUGGGUUUGCAGAGAAGGUGGCUGCAAAGGUCUCGCAGCUUACCGGCCUGCCCUUCGAGACUGCUCCGAACAAGUUUGAGGCCUUGGCUGCCCAUGACGCCAUGGUUGAGGUCUCGGGCGCUCUUAACGUCAUUGCUUGCUCCAUCAUGAAGAUUGCCAAUGACAUCCGCUUCCUUGGCUCUGGCCCUCGCUGCGGUCUGGGAGAGCUCUCCCUGCCAGAGAAUGAGCCAGGUUCUUCCAUUAUGCCAGGCAAGGUCAACCCAACCCAGUGCGAGGCCAUCACCAUGGUUGCAGCUCAGGUUAUGGGCAACCACGUGGCAGUGACAGUGGGUGGCUCCAAUGGACACUUCGAGCUCAAUGUUUUCAAGCCCAUGAUGGUUGCCAAUGUGCUGAGGUCCAUUCGGCUGCUUGGUGACAGCUGUCAUGCAUUUGUCAAUAACUGUGUUGUUGGCAUUACAGCAAACCAGGAACGUAUUGACAAGCUCCUCCAUGAGUCACUUAUGUUGGUGACUGCCCUCAACCCUCAUAUUGGUUAUGACAAGGCUGCAAAGAUUGCCAAGACUGCACACAAGGAAGGCUCAACGCUCAAGGCCACAGCACUUAAGCUUGGCUACUUGACGGAGGAAGAAUUUGACAAGUGGGUGAGACCUGAGGAUAUGCUGGGACCCAAGUAAAAGACAGGAACAGCCAGAGUGAGCAUAUAUUCAGGUACUUGUAUGAUCUACACAUUCAGCAAAGAGCAUUAAAAGAGAUGAUGGAUCAAGACGGGACCGCCACGGUUAUAGGAGCAUAUACAUAGUUGCAUAUAGUUUUGUAAAUCUGCACAUCAUAAAACAAUGUUUGAAAAAAGACAUUUAUGUGGAAGAAAUUUUUUGAAUGCUCAAAAUUCUGUAUUGUUUUAUAAUAUAUUACAAUUUGUUCAGGUUGUAAAAGAAAUGGUGUUUUGAUUCCAAGGAAGUCUUCGAUGGUGUACAUAGAAUAUCUUUAUAACGAUAUUGGAGUACGAAACCCCUAUUUUGCUGCAUAAAUAAUAAAUUGAAAAAUGGUA